UGAUAAGGGACCUCGUAACGAUCUACCUGGCACACACUACUCGACGAAUAACGCGAGUAAGUUUAACGUUGGAUCACCAGGCUCGACUCCACUCCCAUGCCUUCAGACCUGGUGACAAAGGAUCCAUCAUCCUGUCGCUGGCGGGAGAGGCGGCAGUGCCAUAACUAACGACGAUUCCAGGUUAAACCAAGUUUCACUUCUGUAGAUACUGCACCCAUGACCGACUUAUGUUGUUUAAAUGGCGUCCCGUGUGGUCUGCAAUGUCUCUUUGCAGGCUUACCACUGGCCCAUCUCACUGCAGCCGCCCCAGUAAACAAUGCCUCCCCCACCUGGUAAAGGGUCCUGUCGCUAGAUCAUUACAUCAUUUCUGGCAUGGGCGUCUCACCCUGUCUCACCUCCAAAACUUCGCUUGAAUUCCAUUCUAGUGAAGCAUUCUAGGUCCAAUUGCACAUUUAGCUUGGGCCAUUGAGACUGUAAUUCAUCACGAAGAUUAUAAUGCACACAUUCACUCUGCGUACUGGGCUCCGCCCUUUCUGUAAUAAGGCACAGACGACGCCUCGUUCACUCCAACGAGCCUUGAUCUCAUCGACUACAUCUCGACAAGCCAAGAACCAGAUAUACGCCCCUAUCCGCAACGAUGACUCUUUCUCAACCUACCUUUCACUCUCGACAUCGUCCCGGACUCCCCUGCUGACCCUGUGGACCGCCUCAUGGUGUUCAACCUGCAAAGUCGUCAGCCCUCUCAUCAGAGAUCUUGUCGAGUCUGGCGUUGGCGAGGAGGAGGGAGGCGUGUCUCUCGCGACUGUUGAGUUUGAUUCACCGGAUAUCAUGUCAGGAAGUCCCAACUUAGCCAUGACCUACAUGAUCACCAGCAUUCCCACGCUCUUAAGUUUCGAUGGCGGGGAGGCACAAACAACGACCAAGCUAUCGGAUGCCAGAAGGCUCGCCGACAGGGAGUUUCUAAAGGAAUGGAUCCGAACUGAAGCCAGGAGACAUGGUGGCCGUGGAGGUGGAGGAGGCGGAUCGUCUAUUUUUGGGGGUCUGUUUGGCAAGUAAGGUAAUAUCAAACCUCAGCAAUGAUUUUUAUAAUAGACGCUGGUCCAGGAUCUUUUCUGCCUUCUGAACCAUGACAACAAUAUCACAGCCAGAUAUCCCGAAGCCCACAGUAUCAUUAAAAUCCAUCACAGAUGCUCGAGCAAUGCCGCCACGUCGGGCCGGAAGCCAGGUAUCUGUUGCUUAGGACCUACUCUCUUCGAAUGGUUGACAUGCCUGUCAUUGCUCACUCUCGGCCACUUUCCCCGGUUAAGGAUCAGGUUCAAGAAGGGAUAUCAACAUUGGCCUUUGUGCGUACGGCCAGUAUCGAAGGUCAAGUGCCAGACUCGAAGAUAUGGUGUGGGAUUGGCCUGAUGAAACCCAAUCGCUCGGUGUGAAUGAAUGAUGUUCAUUCAUCACGUCCUUUUCCCUGGUACUCUUCCUGAGUGGGGAAUUCGUCACUUUAAAUCUUUGGCUGUUGUUGGGCCGAACGAAAAUUA